AAAAAAGGAAAAUACUCUCCCGAGGAUAUGUUAAAAGAACUUCAAAGACUUGUUGAAACUGAUGAAUUAGAAACUGAAAAUAAUCCUUCUCUUCAACAUCACAAAAGACAGGCAGUUGAAAAUACAUCAUCUAAUUAA